CUUCUGAAAUCCAAUCACUCCCUUCAAAUAACCCAAAUACUCAAACCCAAUGUCCCUGCUCCUACCCAGAACACUCCUCCUCCUGUACCCAAAAUUAAAAAUCGCCAAAAUACCCAUGGCCGGCAAUCUCUCCACCCUCAGCUCCGCAGCCCCGCCCAGGGCUCGCCUCCGAGGUGUGGUGUUCGACAUGGACGGAACCCUAACGGUCCCCGUCAUCGAUUUCGCGGCAAUGUACAGAGCUGUGCUCGGCGAGGACGAGUACGUCAGAAUCAAGGCCGAGAGCCCUUCUGGGAUUGAUAUAUUGCACCACAUUGAGACUUGGAGCCCCGAGAAGCAGCGAAAGGCGUAUGAUAUUAUUGCCGAUUACGAGAGCCAGGGGCUCGAUCGCCUCCAGAUCAUGCCUGGUGCAGCAGAACUUUGUGGUUUUCUAGAUUCUAAGAAUAUAAGGCGGGGGUUAAUCACACGCAAUGUCAAGGCCGCAGUAGAUAUAUUUCAUGAACGGUUCAGGUUGACAUUUUCUCCAGCUCUGAGCAGGGAAUUUCGACCUUACAAACCGGAUCCAGCUCCACUACUGCAUAUAUGUUCAGCUUGGGAAGUUAAACCCAGUGAAAUAAUGAUGGUUGGAGAUUCCCUUAAAGAUGAUGUGGCUUGUGGGAAGCGAGCAGGAGCUGUUGCAUGCUUGCUUGAUGAAAGUGGGAGGUAUGACUCUCCAGAAUACACCAACGUCGAUUUCAAACCAGAUUUCAAGGUGUCUUCCCUAAUGGAAGUUCACUCGCUGUUGGAAGCACAUUUUGACCUGUCACCUUGAUCCUCGAACCUGUUGCGAACAAUCUUCACAUUCGAUGGAGAAGAAGCCUUAUUAGUAGUCUGUAUGCAUUAUCUAGAAAAGAACUAGGUUGCAGCACUUGUUGUAUGGCUUGCUCUUUGCUCCACGAAACGAUUAGAAGCAAAGAAACUGCAACCCGAAAGUGAAAGAAGAAGAAGAGGAAGGAACUAGUAGAAAAUUUCUACUAGAAACCAGUUAGGCGGAAGACCAAUCAAUUUGCAUCAGACUUAUAUUAGUUUUAAAACUUGUGUUGUACUUGGCCUGGUAAAAGCUCAUUAUCAGUUACCAAGAACCUGACCAAAUGCUUUGGGAGACAUUAAUCAAAUUUCCCACCCAAUAUAUUUGUGGAAUGGUUUAACGAGAGCAGGAGAAGUGAAGGUACGAGAGGAAUCUAGGAUUGCCUCAAUGCUAUUCGUUUUCUCCAAACCGCUCAAUGACUUAGAAAGAGGCUUAAUCUGGGAUAUCAGUUUCAAUCGUAGUUUCUGUGACAAAGCUGAAGUUGUUUCAUCAUAUUAAUGGUGCUGAACUUUGCGAAAAGCAGUCAGUAUGUUGUAAUAUAACUUUUGUUUCAAAAAUCACGUAUGUAUAUACGAUUGGUGCUGAGCUCUUAUCACAUAAUGAAAACAGAAACAGAAGAA